AUGAGUCUUGCUGCACUUGCUCUGCGCGAGGCGAGGAGCAUCUUCCGUCGUCUAUACAGCCCCGGUGGUACAGUGUAACGUUAUACAGUAACGCGAAUCGGCAAUAGGUUCCAGCUGCUGCUACAGCCCCCGGAUCUGCCCACGUACAUAGAUACUUGACUUGACUGGUGAAUCGAGUUCCGUUCCUACGUAGUCUUCAGUCGCACGCGCACCUGGAUAACCCCGAAAGCUUCUCUACACAAAACAACACAGUGAGCUGAUUGCCCAGCAUACCUCGUAGCUGCCGUAGGAAGCCGAAAGAUGAUUCUCCAACGGCACUUGUUCUUCAUCCUGUAUAGCUUCUGUGGAUUCGCCUCGAAAGUGGCUGAAACAAGUAAAACCAAAAUCAGAGGGUCAUCAGGCCAGUUUCCCCUGACCCAAAAUAUGACAGUGACCGAGGGGGGUACGGUCAACAUGACCUGCAGAGUGGAAUACAACGACAACACUUCCCUCCAGUGGUCCAACCCGACACAGCAGACGCUGUUCUUUGGGGACAAGAAAGCGCUUAGGGACAACCGGAUCGAGCUAGUUCGGGCAUCAUUGGCAGAGCUUACCAUUAGCAUCAGCGACAUCAGCCUAUCAGAUGAGGGACAGUACACCUGCUCUCUGUUCACCAUGCCUGUCAAGACGUCCAAGGCAUUCCUUACAGUAUUGGGAGUUCCAGAGAGGCCAGAGAUAACAGGGUUCACCAAGCCAGCCAUGGAGGGAGAUGAGAUCACCUUAACUUGCACCUCUUCUGGCAGCAAACCUGCAGCACACAUUCACUGGUUCAGGAAUGACAAGGAAGUACAAGGCACUAAGGAAGUGAAUGCUACAGGGAAGUCCUUCACAGUGAAGAGCAGUCUGCAGCUGCAGGUGGAUCGGAGAGAUGACGGGGUGGCCUACACCUGUAGUGUGGAACAUGUUUCCCUGGCCUCCAACCCUUACCAGGUCACAGAGGUCCUCCAAGUUCACUAUGCACCCCAUGUUGAGAUCUCCCACUCCAUGAUCAUCCCACAGGAAGGACAGUACUUCAAACUGGAGUGUGUCUCCAAAGGAAACCCUCUACCAGAGCCAGUGUUGUGGUCUAAAGAUGGAGGGGAGCUGCCGGAUGUAGAGCGAAUGAUCGUGGAAGGCAGGGAGCUCACCAUCACAAGCCUCAACAAGACAGAUAACGGCACUUAUCGCUGUGAGGCCAGCAACUACUUGGGCACCAGUGGAGCUGAAUACCUGCUCUUCGUAUAUGCCAAAGACUUCCCAGAGCCCACCUCAGAUCCCAAUGCGAUAGGACAGCAUAGUCCUGACCAUGCGUUAAUAGGAGGAGUUGUGGCGGUGGUGGUGUUCAUCUUGUUGUGUUUGAUAAUAGCUCUAGGACGCUAUCUGGCCAGACACAAAGGAACUUACCUAACACAUGAGGCUAAAGGCUCGGAGGAUGCCCCAGAUGCUGACACAGCCAUCAUCAACGCAGAGGGAAACCACCUGCAUGCUGAAGAAAAGAAAGAAUAUUACCAGGAAGAGGCAAGAAAUGUGCUUCAUCCGAUGCCGGAAAACCUUGGCUAUACCAAUAAUUAUGCUUUAAGAGAGGAAUAUGUGAAAUGUAUCAAUGUGAACCAUAUUUGAUGGAGUUUUGUUGUAAAAAUUAUUUAAGAAAUUGUAUCAGGGUGUCAUCUGGACUUUACAAUAUUAUUGGAGAGGCACCAUGUGGUUGAAUUCAAUCUACAGAAUAGUUAAAAAACUGACAUUAUAUGGAAACUAAAAGUUUCAUUGCAGAAAAAAGCACAAUCCGUAUGAUUGUUGAUGUUUGAAUGUGGAUAUUAAUCGAUGGGAUUUACUUAUUUUCUUGGAUUUAUCAGUAUAUCCCUGUUUAGCUGAGAAAGCCUGGCCUAGUAUCAUGAUUUCUUUUUUUUUUAACAGAGAUUAUAAUAAAAGCACAAUGUCCAAGGACACAAACACAGAUAUAUUCACACAGUAUAACAAUUCAGUUUUCACUGCAUCUAAAUUCUCUGAAAUGUUCAGACUAAUGGGUGGAGAUUUGGCCUGGGAUUCAUUCUGAUUGCAGGUGUUUGACAAUAUUUGUGGUCGCAAAUAUAUCGUUCGAGGUAAGACUGCAUGCCAUAUCAUUGGUUCAAUUUGGCUUUAAAAGUGGUUGUUGACAACCCGUAGUCAAAUGAAAUCACCCUUGGCCUCUGCUUCAGAUACUAUGAUGAACCCUUACUGAGUCACUAACUAACCAUAAUUACACUGACUAUGUCACCUAUGACUAUGUCAACUAUGACUAUGUCAACUAUGAUGUCCCUAAGUCAUGAACUAGUGUAAUCCUGACUGAGUCACUAACUAUGAUGACCCUGACUAAGUCACUUAAUAACCAUAAUGACCCGGACUGAGUCACUUAUUAAAUAUAAUGACCCUGACUGAGUCACUAACAAAUUAUGAUGACCAUGACGAUGUCUUUACCUAUGAUGACUCUGACUAAGACACUAUGUUAGCCCUGAUAGUCACUAACUGACUAUGAUGACACUGACUAAGACACUAUGUUAGCCCUGAUAGUCACUAACUGACUAUGGUGACACUGACUAAGACACUAUGUUAGCCCUGAUAGUCACUAACUGACUAUGAUGACUCUGACUAAGACACUAUGUUAGCCCUGAUAGUCACUAACUGACUAUGGUGACACUGACUAAGACACUAUGUUAGCCCUGAUAGUCACUAACUGACUAUGAUGACACUGACUAAGACACUAUGAUAGCUCUGAUAGUCACUAACUGACUAUGAUGACACUGACUAAGACACUAUGUUAGCCCUGAUAGUCACUAACUGACUAUGGUGACACUGACUAAGACACUAUGUUAGCCCUGAUAGUCACUAACUGACUAUGAUGACUCUGACUAAGACACUAUGUUAGCCCUGAUAGUCACUAACUGACUAUGAUGACACUGACUAAGACACUAUGAUAGCCCUGAUAGUCACUAACUGACUAUGAUGACUCUGACUAAGACACUAUGAUAGCUCUGAUAGUCACUAACUGACUAUGAUGACACUGACUAAGACACUAUGUUAGCCCUGAUAGUCACUAACUGACUAUGAUGACACUGACUAAGACACUAUGUUAGCCCUGAUAGUCACUAACUGACUAUGAUGACACUGACUAAGACACUAUGUUAGCCCUGAUAGUCACUAACUGACUAUGGUGACACUGACUAAGACACUAUGUUAGCCCUGAUAGUCACUAACUGACUAUGAUGACACUGACUAAGACACUAUGUUAGCUCUGAUAGUCACUAACUGACUAUGAUGACACUGACUAAGACACUAUGUUAGCUCUGAUAGUCACUAACUGACUAUGAUGACACUGACUAAGACACUAUGUUAGCCCUGAUAGUCACUAACUGACUAUGAUGACUCUGACUAAGACACUAUGAUAGCUCUGAUAGUCACUAACUGACUAUGAUGACACUGACUAAGACACUAUGUUAGCCCUGAUAGUCACUAACUGACUAUGAUGACUCUGACUAAGACACUAUGAUAGCCCUGAUAGUCACUAACUGACUAUGAUGACACUGACUAAGACACUAUGUUAGCCCUGAUAGUCACUAACUGACAAUGAUGACACUGACUAAGACACUAUGUUAGCCCUGAUAGUCACUAACUGACUAUGAUGACACUGACUAAGACACUAUGUUAGCCCUGAUAGUCACUAACUGACAAUGAUGACACUGACUAAGACAUUAUGUCAGCCCUGAUAGUCACUAACUGACUAUGAUGACACUGACUAAGACACUAUGAUAGCCCUGAUAGUCACUGACUAUGAUGACACUAAGACACUAUGAUAGCCCUUAUAAUCACUAACUGACUAAGACAUUAUGAUAGCCCUGAUAGUCACUGACUAUGAUGACACUAAGACACUAUGAUAGCCCUUAUAGUCACUAACUGACUAUGAUGACACUGACUAAGUUACUUACUAUUAGAAGUAAAGGGCAUUAGCUCCUGUUUAUCUCUCAGAAGAAGACAAGUAACAGAGGAUUAGUACUGGAUGGGCCAUGAAUAGGAGGAUAUUAGGUCUGCUCCCUAAAUGGCACCCUAUUCACUUCAUAGAACAUUACUUUGACCAGAGCCCUGAGUGCACCACCACAGGAAGGGGCUGCCAUUUGGGACUGGGGCGUAACUUUAUUUUUAUAACACUCCCUUGUUCGUUUUGCUGUACAUGACUUUGCUAAUGUGAUUAUUACUGGUGGACAAUAUUGUUGAACUUUGGGAACCUGGGAACAUUUAAAUGUGUAUAUCAGACAACACAGCAUAUCUAUUUAAAGUAUUCCAUGUGUUUUUUGUUGUUCUUUUUGUUCUUUUUCAUUUCUUCAAUUAAGAACAAGCAGUUUAUUUCACAACAAGGGAUGUAAAUAUUGUAUAAGUAUUACAUUUUGGUAAAAAAAUUACAAAAAAAUGAAUUGAAUUGAAUCUUUUCAUUUCAGGGCAGAGCAGUUGGAGUCAAUUUUCCUUUUUCAUUGCUUUUAAAAAAUUCUGUAAAUGUGAAUUCUAAUUGAUUAAUUCAGACUCACAGAUAAUGAAUUGAUUCUUAUUGAUUGAUUAUAUUGUACUAUAUUCAUUGAUAAUAUUACAAUAGUAGCUGUCUGAUGUUUACAUUUCAUAAUUUUAUUCAAAUCAAGUCAAUUAUUCAAGAAAUGUCUUUCAUGAAAACAAUAAAACAAUCACCGUUAUGGCCUUUGAGUUUGCUGCAAACAGUUGUUAUGGCAUGUAAAGGCUUUGGUGAACCAGGCUUCUCCACACUCUGUACAUAGGUUCUUUAUCAAAGACAUUCAAACACAUGACAGAUAUUCAUAAUACAUAAUGUUAUUUUGUUUGUUCAGUUUAAUGCUAUUAAUAAGUAAUUUUUGUAUUGAAUCACUGUUAUUGCGUUGCAUUUAAGGACGAGGGGGGGUUUAGGUGGGGACUAUGUGAGAGUGAGAUUGGCUUUUUCAGUAUUAAAGAUCCAUUUUCAAAACUAUGCCACUGUAAAAAAAUACAUGAAUAUGAACACUGAGGAAAAGUGAUGAUUAAAAAAUGAACAAACAUA